CUAAGAAGACGCAGAAAAGAAUACGGCCAAAAUAAAAUUUAUAAAAUAGUCUGAACUUCAAAGCAAACGGAAUAUUCUUUUAUCGCCCACGCCAGAGUGUACGCGUUACGGAACUUGACAAAGAUAAACGACAGAAUAAAAUUAAAAUAAAAAAAAUGAAGAAUUUUAAUUUAAGUUUCAUUAUCCUUGCCAUGGCCGUGCUGAUCAGCGUUGAUGCCCAGGAUAAAUGGUCUUGGUCGAAGGCAAAAAAUCAAAAAGUUGUGGGCUACUAUCCAUCGGCAAACAAAAAAGUCUACUACACCGAAAAUGACUCAGAGGACUAUGCUCGGCGGGAUCGCGAACCAACAACAAGGAAACCACUACCGGGAGAGUUGCCCAAUGAUGAUAUCGAUGAUUAUGCUGAUGACAGUGAAACACCACCAACCAAACAAAAUAAUCCCUAUCCUACGGGAGGGGGUGGUGCAUUUCAACCGGGUUUUGGAAUACAACCAGGAUUUGGUGCACAACCACCAUUAGGCGGCGGAGGUGGUUUCAAUAGAUUUCCACAAUUCGGAGGAUCUGGUACGUUUCCGGGUAUCUUAGUUGGGCCUGGUGGUCCAACGGGGGUUAUUGGUCGUCCUCAGGCGCAAUUCCCACCACAAUUUCCCCAACAGCCAGGCUAUGGAGCCUUUCCCGGAUAUAACACACAAAACUUUGUGGGCGCCGGAAAUACCAACUAUAGCCCCCAAUAUCAACCAGGAUAUCCCACGAAUCCCCAUCAACAACAAUUUGGCGCCGGUGCAACACCACCACAAUAUCCCAAUGUCCCAUAUCCACAAUACACCGAAGGUUAUGGUCUUUUGCCGUUUAAUCAAGCUCCCGUCAAUGGAUUCGUACCGAAUCAACAAAAUUUCAAUGGCGGUGCUGGAGGUUUUCCUAAUUAUCCCCCAAACAACUAUCCCAAUUUCGAUGAAUAUCCUCGGAAAAGUGCCAAUGUCAAGGCCAGUGGUGGUAAUGGGGAAAAGAAAAUCGACGACAAAGUUAGCAAAAAUCUUAAAAGUCUAUAAAAAAUCCAUGCCACUCCCAUCAUCGCACCAACAUCUUGAUAUCAUUCCCAUAUUUAUUUUUUGUAAGUUUAUUUGUAAGUGAUUUUGUUUUCGUAAAGAAGAACAAAGAAAGGAAAUUUAAAUCAUUAUUUAUAUUUGUUAUUUUUUGUUAUACUGACUGUCCACUCACCUAUUGUUGUAAUAACAAUAAUCGAAUAAAACAAUGAUCCAGCAAAUGUCCAUUGUGUUGUGUUGAUAUUGUCAUCACCGUCCCAUCCUUC